AAAGAAAAAAACAUCGGCUUUCAACAGUUUGCGGAAAAACAGUUGUUCUAAAUCUAAAAAUGUGCAAAUGUUACACUAAAAUAUUAAAGUAAUUACAUAUAAAAUAAGAUAAAAUUAUGCUAAACAGCUGAAAACUAAAAUUUGAAUAAAGAUUUUCAAGGAAUGCUCGUAAACUAAUGCUAAAAGUAAAAAAAUAACCUCUGAACACAUGAACGGUAAACUUAGCUUGUUCAGGAAAGUAGUUAGAUGUAAUUUAUAUAAAUAUUUUUACUCUAAUAAUAGUCAUAACCGACUGCUGGAUCUUUUAGCCAACAUGUCGAAAUCAAACCCUACAAAAACAGCUGAAGUCCAGCGUCAACGGCUAAAACUUACCAAAAAGGGGGAAAAAUAUGGCCCAAGCACAAUAUAUUUACAAGUAUUGGGUUCCGGGGCUCGCGGAGCACCCAACACACUAUAUUUAUUUACAGACCAGAAAAGAUAUUUGUUUAACUGUGGAGAAUGCAGUCAGAGACUUGCACACGAGCACAAAGUGAAGUUAUCCAGGUUGGAUCACAUCUUCAUCACUAGCAAGACCUGGAAGAAUGUGGGAGGUCUACCUGGUUUGUCCCUCACCCUGCAAGAUGUCGGAGUUCCUAAUAUUACAUUGCAUGGUCCUGAAGGAUUGGAUGAAUUGUACAAUGCAACAAAAAGAUUUGUAAUAAUGAAAGAUUUAAAUGUUACUAUGGCUAAAUGCAGUCCAUCAGAAGAUUUUGAAGAUAAUGUCAUGUCAGUUAAAUAUGUAUUACUUGGUCCUCAAGAUAAUUUGCUUAGUUCCGAAAUGAAACCAGCUGCCAAAAAACCUAAACUAGAUUCACCGAAAGUAGAAGCAAUAGAUCAAGAAUUUGAGGAAUUCAUUCACGAUGACACGGAUUACUACCGAUCGAAAUCUGAUCACAAAAAUGCAGACAACAGUAAAAAUAGGAAUCUUAAACACAAAACUAGGUCCACUUUUGAAAAAGAAGCUAUGAAGAAGAAGGCAGAAAAAGUAAUGCAUAAUUUAAAUAAGCUAGGCACAACAAAUACAGUUGCAUAUAUUUGUACAUUAAAGAAACGGCUGGGUACACUAGAUUUGGAGAAGUGUGUGGAGUUAGGCGUGAAGCCAGGUCCACUGCUUGGCCAAUUAAAGAGCGGGCAAGAUGUGGUUUUGCCUGAUGGGAGGCUUGUGUUGUCUAAAGAUGUGAAGACUCCUGAUGACCCUGGACCAGUUUUUAUCGUUCUAGAAGUACCAGACAUCAGUUAUCUAAAGGAAGAUGAAUUCGCCGCGCAUUUUGACGACGGAAGUAAUCCACAAGAGAACAUUCCAGCGGUUGUAGUGCAUUACACUCCGCCUCACGUGUUCAACCAUCCUGUUUACCAAUCGUUCAUGGCCCUGUUCGGCCCCACGACCCGCCAUCUCAUACUGAACUCGAUGAACUCGUGCCUUGGCUCGGAGGCGGUGCACAGGACGCAGCACAAGCUGCACCUGCUGGACCCGGAUAUAUUCCCGCUGCUGAAGGACCUCAGUGUGCCCGCUGUGUGGAACGCCCAUCCGCCGCUGCCGAAGACGAGCAGCCCCAUACGGCUGAAGGGCUUGGAGGAGCUGAAGAAUAAGAUCGCGCUGGCGCAGUUCCAGACGAUCAUCAACAUGGAUGCGCCGGCGCACGGCGACGGCGCGCCGGCGCCCGACGCGGGCCGCCUCGAGCUGCUCGCCGCCAGGACGCUCACCGUGUUCCACCUGCGGCCCAAGCGCCAGCUGGACAGAUCAGCAGAGCCGAAACUGCACAUCCAGGACUACAUCCAAGAAACGAUGGACGUGGACGGCUUCGUGCCAAGUCUGGAACAGUUCAGGAGGCUCGUGGACACGAUGCGCUACGCCAAGACCGACGCCAAAGAGUAUCCGAAGGUGGUGUUCCUGGGUACCGGGUCGUGUAUACCGAGCAAGACUAGGAACACUAGCGCCAUUGUGCUGCAAAUUGAUGAACAACGCUCAAUGCUUCUAGACUGCGGAGAGGGAACUUUUGGUCAACUCGUGCGUUUCUACGGACCGAAGCGCGUGAACGCCUUCCUUAGAACUUUGAAAGCCAUUUAUAUAUCGCAUCUGCACGCUGACCAUCACAUUGGCCUAAUCGGUGUACUCCAAGCUCGUCGUGAAGCCCUAGAUGAGGUCUCGGACUCGGAGGCCGAGUCUCUAGCCCAGCCGCUGUACCUGCUCGCGCCUGGACAGAUCGUGACAUGGCUCUCCAAGUAUGACCAGCAGUUUGAGAGCAUACGGGGAGAGUUCACCUUGAUACCCAAUCAGAACUUGACGGAAACGAAGCAGUCAAGUCAGGGCGAGAUGACGUCAGCGGCGCUGGCGUCGCUGGGCGUGGAGCGGCUGGCCACGUGCCACGUGGCGCACUGCCCCAACGCGUUCGGCGUCGCCGUGUGCCUGCCCGACGCGCACAAGAUCACCUACUCGGGGGACACCAUACCGUGCGACGAGCUGGUCAAGAUCGGACAAAACUCGACGCUCCUAAUCCACGAGGCGACGAUGGAGGACGAGCUGGCGGACGAGGCGCGCGUCAAGAUGCACUCCACCACGUCGCAGGCCAUAGAGGUGGGCCGCGCCAUGGCCGCGCGGUACACGCUGCUCACGCACUUCAGCCAGCGCUACGCGCGGCUGCCGCGCCUCAACGCCCACAUACUGAACGACAACAAGAGCGUGGGCAUCGCGUUCGAUAAUAUGCAGAUCACAAUGAGCGACCUAGACCUGCUCCCACACAUGUACGCCCCGCUCCAGCUGAUGUUCGCCGAGCACUGCGUGGAGCUGGAACUGAAGGCGGCCCACAGGGCGCGCGUCAAGGAGCGCCAACCCUCCUCGCCGGCGCUGCCGACCUCCGGUACUAUACGGCAGUACUCGACAGACCAUAGACAAGAUGGCACAGACGAUAAGCACAACGACCAUAGACAGGACGAUAGUCAGUCACAAGCCACCGACCAUAGACGAGACAGUAAUAACGAACGAUGUGAAGUUGACGGUAGACGAGAAGUUAACUUAGACCCGACUGACCAUAGACAAACUUUAGACGGUCAUAUUCAAGAUAUGGUCAUAGAUAAUAGGGAUAAUAUUGUUAGCGGUAGUUAGACUACUAAAUGUUUUUUUGUUUUAAUAUAUUCUAGUGCCUUUGUUUUGUACAUUUUAGCAGCUCGCUUUUUAUUUGAUCUUGUUACGCUUGUGAAGUAAUUAAGUUAACUUGUAAAGUAUGUUAAGUUGUUUAGGAGAAAUAAAGUAAUUUAUGUAUAUGUAA